UUUUUUUUUUUUUUUUUUGAGACCAUGAUUCUUAACCAUCCAGCAAGAAUUAACAAGCUUGCGGCUUCAGCGAUGACUGUUUCUAGUUGAGUCUCGAUCAUAAAUAAAGCUAUCGAUAAUAAUUCCGAGUAUUAGAAAAAUUGCACCGAUUAUAACCGCAUAACAUUGCAGUAUAGGCUACUCAGUUUCGCGUCAUCGUCGAUUUAAUCAUUUAUAAAUGUUAGCCAAUGGCUCAAAUUUAUAAUAAGCAAUGUUAGGAAGUUAUAAGAUGGUCUAGAGUGUGAAUAAAGUUUCCUAUAACAUAGCAAAAUGAAAAUAAAAAUGCGAUUUCUUGCACUUUUAUUUUCACAAGUUUGCUGCACGUCGCAAAUUUUGCUGUACUCUACUACAACAUUGCAUCAAAUGUCGUCAGAUUAAUGUUAAAGUUUGUUUUAAUAUUUCGAUAAAGAUUAGCAAAGUUACCUAUGAAAAAUUAUUCAGAAAAAUUAUACUUUUAAAACAGUUGGACGCGACUGCAAUCUAUAAGUAGAAUAAAGGUACAAUAAAACUAGAUAGCGUAACAACUUUUUUAUCAGCAGUAUUCCAAGGAAUGCCGAUUUUUCCGCAAUCUUACGAUCGUCGACAAAAGAACUUUUAAAAAAAUUUCACAAUGUUUUUGGAGGCAUGCCUUGAAUAAUUGAAUAAAAUAUCGUAGCGAAAAAAAUUGCAUCCUAGCACCUAAAAAGAUACAUCCUGCAGGAAUGUUUAAUGGCUUGCAAAAUUAAGCAUCGCCGACACUCGAAGAUAAGCGAACGCGCAAAGUAAGCCGAAGCACAUACACACAUCAAGUACGUUACUAUUUGUCAACUUGGUAAUCGAGUAACAUGACUCAAUGCAUGCGCGACGCGUCGCCCGCUCCGUUGAGACACAUUCAUCUCGUGCAGCACACUCCAAUACCAAAUGCACUCCCGCAUCAUGCGGACGAGCGAGACCUCUCUUACUCUCAUCAUGAUUCGGGCCAAUUUUCCCUUUCGGGCGUAAUCCUCAAUUAAUCUCAAUCUGUAUUUUUGCAAUGCAGCUACGCCCAGUUCCAAUCGCUUUGUUCAAUGUUUCGUUCGCCUGUAUUUGUGUAUAUUUCUCGGUAUAAAGUGUCCUCGUCCGCGCAAUUUCCUCCUCGGGGAAAAAAUUACACGUUGCGUUUCUCGGAACUCGAUAUAUCUCGCUCAGCGAAUCUUCCUCAUUACGGCAAAAUGCUUAUGUAUAGACUCCCGUAAAAGAAUCAUUAGGCUACCACCGCACACGGAGACGCCCUGCGUAUACACAGCUGAUUAGGGCGUCCCUGCAGUCGAGCCCACAAUGGCUGUCCCGAAGCUGAAACUCUGCGUAGUUCACCAAUAAAAUCGAACCUCCGAAUCAGCGCAGGUUCCCCCUGUGCAUAAGAACGCCGUACCGAAUCAACAAUCACGAGCUCUCAGCCGACGCUUCAUUCACAAACAUUCCAGACGCCAACCGACUUUUUCCCACCUACGCCGUUGUGAACGCCGCCGCAUUCCGCGUUCAUAGGCGUGUUUGUUUCUCUCUCUCUCUCUCUCUCUCUCUCUCUCUCUCACUCUCUCCCGCUUACUCACUCCCGCGGCGGCGUGUCACGGUGAGCGUUGAACGUUGGAUGUUAGGCGUUAGCCUGCAUCGCACACUACUCGCGCGCUCGCACACCCGAAUUUCCUCUCCGCGUCCUCGUGAGGACGAUGAGGAGACGCCUUUAGCGGGAUCGCCAGCUCACAAGGACUAGAGAGAAGAACAAGCAAGAGAAGCGAGAUGAGGGAGGUAGCGCGACGGGUCGCUCUGGCCGCGCUGGUCGGCUGCUACCUGUUGGGCGUAGUCCGAGCACAGAACGACAGGAAAGACUACUACGAGACUUUCGGCGACCAAUCGCCUCCGGACUGGCUGGCUCGCGAUGCCUUCGACGAGAUUCGCCAUAAGAUGGACAAAGUCAACCAGGACAACUGCCAGAUCCAGCAUCUCGACGACCUCUACCUGCCCGGGGACAGUGUAUCCCACCUGCCGGACAUCAAGGAAAUCAACAUCAACCCCAUCUUCCCCAACAGGACGGCCUUGCUGCACAUUCACAACAUGGCUCUCACCAGGAGCUUCUACUGGAGUUAUAUCCUGCAGUCGAGGAACUACAAGCCGCCCAUCAACGACACCUACGACCCUGGUAUGAUGUACUACUUCCUGUCUACCGUGGCUGAUGUCUCCGCCAAUCCCUACAUCAACGCCUCGGCCAUCUACUUUGCCCCCAACAUGUCCUUCUCCUCGUCGUACAGAGGAUUCUUCAACAAGACCCUGCCCAGGUUCGCACCCAGGACAUUCAGGGCUGAUGACUUCAACGAUCCCGUGCACAUCGAGAGGAUAUCCACGAGGAACACUUUUACAGUGCAAGAUCUUGGAGCUUUCCCCAAGAGUCAGCUAAGCAAGGAUUAUACCACUGACUACUAUAGGAUAAACGAAUGGUACAAAAAGUGGUUGCCAGAUGAUCCAACCAGACACGAUACUAAAAUGACAUACCAAGUGGAAAUAAGAUAUGCAAAUAACACAAACAUUACUCAUACCUUCCACGGUCCCAGAGGCCCUCACGAGGAAGGUGGGCCGGUAAAAUGGAUAAGACCCUACUUUGAUUGUGGACGCUCAAACCGUUGGCUUUUCGCAGCUGUCGUUCCAAUUGUGGACUUGUACCCUCGUUAUACUGGAUUCAGGCACAUUGAAAUCCCAAGAUAUACAGCUGUCUCAGUUGUAGAAAUGGACUUUGAUAGGAUAGAUAUCAAUCAGUGUCCUAGGGGACAAGGUAACGCAGGGCCUAAUAGAUUUGCAAAUACCGCUAGGUGUAAAAUGGAGACAACAGAGUGUGAACCACUUCACGGCUGGGGCUUCCGAAGAGGCGGCUACAUGUGCAGAUGUAAACCGGGUUGGCGAUUGCCGUAUGUGGUGAGGCGGCCUUAUCUCGGGGAGAUCAUCGAGAGAGCCUCGGCAGAGCAGUAUUACAACGGAUUCGAUUGUGCAAAGAUUGGCUGGAUUCAAAAGCGGCCGGCCGAGCUGACAAAGGCGACGGAAUACAUGAAGGAGAAGUAUCUCGAACAAUACUACGAGUAUAAGAAUUACUCAGUAGGACCGGAUUCUCUGCACACCGACAAAAUGAACAUACACGAAGUUCUUAAAUUCAUAUAUGGCGUCCACGAGAGCAACUGUCACAAAUACACCGACGAACAGCUACGUCUACCGGGCGACAUAGCUCACAGUGUAGACGAGUUCUACGAGAACGAAGCGAAGAUGGCAACGCGUCUGGCCAACUUUAUCAGUUCGUUCCUGCAAGUUUCCGACCCGGAGGAAGUCUACUCGGGCAAGAGAGUGGCCGAUAAACCGCUUAACGAAGAUCAGAUGAUCGCCGAAGUCGUCGCGCUGCUAUUCGGUAACUCAAGGAUCUGGUCAGCGGGUGUCUACUGGGAUCGCAACAAGUUCACCAAUCGCACCUAUUUCGCCCCGUACGGGUACAAGGAAAAGCUCAAUGAUCUCAAACUCAAAGUCGAAGACCUAGCAAGACUCAAUACUACUGAGGAGCUGUACACGAACAACGAGUGGUUCCAACUGCUGAAGAACCGUUGGGCCGCGAAUCACGACGAUCUCGAGAAAUAUUUCCUAAAAAUGAUGGUGCGCUACAACGAGACCGGCGAAUCCUUGAAAAAAUACGAGCACUACCCGACCUUCUACAGGGCGGCAAACCUGAACCACGGCUACUGGACCGUCCCUUACUUCGAUUGUAACGGCAAAGUGAAGAAAUGGUUAAUUACCUAUGCAUCCCCCUUUUUCGGCUGGGACAGCCUCAAAGACAAACUGGAAUUCAAGGGUGUCGUAACUGUGACCAUGGACUUGCUACAGCUGGAUAUCAACCAGUGUGACGAUAAAUUCAAUGUUCCCAACGCGUUUAAGGGGACGCACAAGUGCGACAAAAAAUCCUCAUACUGCGUACCGAUACUGGGACGUGGAUUCGACAGUGGCGGCUACAAGUGCGAAUGCAAGCAAGGCUACGAGUACCCGCUUGAAGAUCUGAUAACGUACUACGAUGGGCAGCUGGUCGAAGCCGAGUUCACCAACAUCGUCGAGGACAAGGAGACUAGGUACGACAUAUACAAAUGCCGCUUAGCGGGUGCCGCCUCAAUGCAAUUCAGUUGGGUGCUGCUUCUGCUGACCAUAGCGCUAUUCUACCCCAACCAUCGACGGUAGAGCACAAAGACGCGGACCAAAAUUUUUUUUAUACGCGCAAAACGUAGGGAAAAAUGCUUACCCUAAGAGCGUAAAUUCCAAGAUUUUAACGAUUAGUUAGCACGUAAGACUUUUACUAUAAUCAAUAGUACAACAAAUCUAAAAUUGAAUCUCGAAGUCACUUACCGACUUGAAUAACGUCUCCGUCCAUAAGGAACAAAUUUUUUAGAAAUAGAUUUUUAUAAUUGCCUAAUUUUUAAUUAAACGACGCGAAGCAUAAAAACUGCAUUGACGUGUAGUUUAUUUGUAGAUAUUUCUAGAUAAGUGUCUGUUUGCAUGAUUUAUAACGACCAGUUAGUGUUGCAAUUGCCUUUUCAAAUGUUUUAAAAGAUGUGCCUUUAAAUUUUAUAAAACUAGAAUCUCAAAAUCAAAUUUUACUAUCAUUAGGUAAAGUGUAGUAUUUCAUACAAAUAGACUUCGCCUUUAAUGGAUAAGUGCCUUCUAAUGAAUCUAAAGCACUAAUGCAAGGUGAACAUCCAUUCAAUUGUUUUGUAUUAUUUUGUAAUCUUUAAUGAAUUUGCAAGAAGUAAUCGAUAUAAAAAUUACUAUAGACUCUGUACCUAAUGAACGAUAGAUGUAAUUAACAAUGACAAUUUUACAAGUAUGAGAUUUUAAAUAUGUCUGUUAAUACAUCGAUAAGUAGUUAUUUAAUUACUGUUAAAUUAUAAAUGAUGUAAUUGAUCCAUUUUACUAAAUCACAUUCCGUCCAUGUUUUCUACAUUUUGUAUACAUUUAUACAAUGCUUGAAUGCAAAUAAAUGAAUCUCAAAAUAACA